UGGUUCAGACUUCCUGCUCAGGGCUCAGCAGCCACCCUGGACCCAGGCUGGGGAGACUGGAGGCUCAGAGGCCAAGCUCCAGUCCAGGCAGGGCCCUGGGGCGGCAAGAUGGCCAGUGGGGGCAGCAACUUCAGCGCCAGAAUUCCCAUCAGCAGAAUGUUGAAACAUCAGAUUACACACAUAUCCACAGAAGACAAGAACGCACAAGACAGGCUGUUCUAUGAGACUGUAUUCAGGCACUUCAAAAGACAUAAGGUGGAGAUUUCAAGUGCAAUUAAAAAAGCAUACCCUUUCUUUGAGGGCCUCCGCGACCGUGAACUCAUUACCAAUAAAAUGUAUGAAGAUGCUCAGGAUUCUUGUAGAAACCUGGUCCCUAUACAAAGAGUGGUGUACCAUGUGCUCAGUGAACUGGAGAAGACUUUUGAUGUGCCGCUUCUGGAAGCCUUGUUCAGCGAGGUCAACAUGCAGGAGUACCCCGAUUUGCAGUACAUUUAUAAAAGCUUCGAAAAGGCAGUCCAAGAGAAAAGGUAUCUCCAGGAAAGGGAAGGAGAACAGAUGGAGGAGAGGCCUAAUAUCCAGCUAAGACUUGAACAAGGAACUGGCGAAAACUCGCGAAGCCCAUCCUGGUCAGGUGAAGAAUCCUCGUCUUAUCACGGUACAGCCCCACCUGAAAAUGGACUCUCAGAGCACCUCCGUGAAACAGAACAGAUAAAUACAAACAGAAAAGAUACCACAAGUGACAAAAAUAAUGAACUAGAAAGCCAUCAAGCAAAUGAACAAUGUGCCCGAGAGUCUGAGCCAGCAGAGUCCUGUGAACAAGCACCUAUCCAAGAGAAUAAUGGAGAUGCAAGAAGGGAAACACCCAGCCCAGCGUCCUGUGAUGAAGAAACAGCACAGCUACUCAGCCAUGGAAUCCAACUGAAUUCCUGUUCUGUACAUCUGGUGGAUAUAAAGAAGGAAAUUUUUAACCCAGGAGAUGAAAGGCAAUCCCAAACAAGGGCUAACUCUAACCAGGCAUCUGAUGUAAUAGUGAUCAGCAGUGACGACUCUGCAGAAUCCAGCGAUGGAGAUGAGUUCUCAGAAGCUUCAACCUGGAUACUGAAAAGUUGCCCUGUGAUCAAUAACUUUGACUCAUUAGAAUCAAGAGAAGGAGGAGAGAUCCAAGAAGCCACCUGUUCACGAUCUCAGCUUACACCAGAGCUCAUGGAUUUGAGAAAAUUACCAACAUGCAGAAAAGGCCCUAGGAAAAGAUUGAUGGCAUAUAAAGACUCUUCAGAGUCCAGAGUGGAUGAGGCACCUCUGGGAGCCAGGAGCUCUGUCUGGCGAAGAGAUCCCGAUGAGGAGGAUCCUGCGGAUUUUGGAAGCAAAUCUAUUCUGGGGAUAAGUAAUACGAAAAGAUUCUUUCUGGAUAACAUACAGAGCUGCAAGAAGAAGAAGUAUGUGCAUACAAGCGCAAAGGGGAUCGGCAGUGAUGACUUUUCAGAAUUGAAUAAUGGAGAAGAGCCUCAGGAAACUUCUAUCUCAGCCCUAAGAAGUGGGUCAGGUGUUCCAGGAAGCCAAGAAGCAAGAACUGAGAAUAAUCAACCAUCUGACAUGAUGGAUACCAUGGAUAUUGGAAACAAUUCUACUUUGGGAAAACACAGUGGGAAAAGAAGAAAAAAGAGACGUUGUAUGAAUAAAAAAAACAGUCUCCGAAAAGUGAAAAAGAGAGGUGUAAAUAAAAUCCAAACUCUGAUGGGAAGAGUGUCAUGGAAAAGAGGCAGACCAAAAGGGAGAAAAACAGUCACCACUGGGCCUUUGAAAAGAGGCAGAAGAGGUCCAAGAAUUCCCAGAGAUGAAAACAUAAAUUUUCGACUUCCUGAACUUCCCGUGACCUGUGGUGAGGUGAAGGGAAUUUUAUAUAAGGAGAAAAUGAAGGAAGGAAUCUCAGAGAAGUGCAUCCAGAGUGAGGGUCAAAGCUGGUUCACCCUGAGGGAAUUUGAAGUCAAAGGAAACUACGGACCAUCCAAGAACUGGAAGCUGUCUGUGCGCUGCGCUGGAUGGCCCCUGAAAUUCCUGAUUGAGAAAGGAUUUCUACCAAACCCACCAAGAAAAAGAAAAAAGCAGGCAGUACCAGGAUCUCAUGAUGAUGCCUUUGUUGACCCUUAUCCACAAAACUCAAAUGAAUGUGAGGUGUGCUGUACAAGGGGACAACUGUUCUGCUGUGAUACGUGUCCAAGGUCCUUUCAUGAGAAAUGCCACAUCCAGCUUAUAGAUGUUGACAGGAACCCAUGGAGUUGCAUCUUCUGCAGCAUGGAGAUUAUUCAGGAAAGGUGCUCAGAAAACCAACAACGUCAUCAGGAAUCUGAGGUCCUGAAGAGGCAGAUGCUGCAUGAGGAGAAGUUGAAAUGUGAGUUCCUCCUCUUGAAGAUCUACUCCUGUUCAGAAAGCCCCUUUUUUGCCUCAAAACCAUACUAUAGUAAACAGGCAUUCUGGAGCCAGAGGAAGCCCAUGUGGUUGAACAAAGUCAAGAAAAAGCUGAAUAAGAAGAUGUAUGCCCGAGUGGAGGGGUUUGUGCGGGACAUGCGCCUCAUCUUUCAGAACCACAGGGCAUUUUACAAGAGAGCAGUAGACUGCAGACCUACUCCAUUCAACAAGAAAUAGAAGUGCAUUUUAAAGGCAACCAGUGUUUCUCUUCUCUAAAGGAAGAUACGAAAUUGAAUUUCUCAAAUUUCAAAAUCUUGGACUUCUUUAGAUCUGAAUUUCCUAGUGCUGUGUCAAAAAAUUAACAGAGAUUACCUCAAGGGGUGAGAAUGAAGGGAAAAAGAAGACACCAUGAAUUUACCUUAGACAUUUCUGUGCUAUCGUAUUGUUACAAGUAGUAUGUGCUGUGUUCAAAAUAAAAAAACUAGAAUUUUGUAAAAUCAAAUCAAUCAAUAAAUUUCUCAUGAAAAAUUA